CUCUAUCCCCCCUAAAAAUCUUCAAAGGAAGCCUUGUAGGGGAAGACUAUUCACUAGGGGCAGCCAGCCAUUGGAAUGUGUUGAGAAGGCUGAAAUCCUGGUGAGACACCUUGUUGGGUGUAGCUAAUGGAGUGAGAUCAUUAGGUAGCUACAUCAAGCUGGGAGGCAGGCAGAUCCAAAGGAUAUCAUGAAGUUUACAGGGCCUUUGGAAAACCAGAGAUUGUCUUUCAUGUUGGAAAAGGCACUCUCUAGGGAAGCCCAGAUGUGGAAGGUAAAUGUGCCGAAAAUGCCCACAAACCAGAAUGUUUCUCCAUCCCAAAGAGAUGAAGUAAUUCAGUGGCUGGUCAAACUCAAGUACCAGUUCAAACUUUACCCAGAAACAUUUGCUCUGGCUAGCUGUCUUUUGGACAGAUUUUUAGCUACCGUAAAGGCCCACCCAAAAUACUUGAGUUGUAUUGGAAUCAGCUGUUUUUUCCUAGCCGCCAAGACUGUUGAGGAGGAUGAGAGAAUUCCAGUACUGAAGGUGUUGGCAAGAGACAGUUUCUGUGGAUGUUCUGCAUCUGAAAUUCUGAGGAUGGAGAGAAUUAUUCUGGAUAAGUUGAAUUGGGAUCUUCACACAGCCACACCAUUGGAUUUUCUUCACAUUUUCCAUGCCAUUGCUGUGUCAAAUAGGCCUCAGUUCCUUUUUAGUAUGCCCAGACACAACCCGUCUCAACAUUUGGAUAUCCUAACCGAGCUACUACUUCACUGUAUGGCCUGCAACCAACUUCUUCAAUUCAAAGGAUCCAUGCUUGCUCUGUCCAUGGUUAGUUUGGAAAUGGAGAAAGUCACUCGUGAUUGGCUUCCUUUUACAAUUGAACUGCUUCAGAAAGCACAGAUGGAUGUCUCCCAGGUGAUCCACUGUCGGGAGCUUCUGGGACAUCACCUUUCUACUCUGCGGUCUUCCCUGCGUCUAAAUUCCGUUUAUGUCUACCGUCCCCUCAAGCACACCCUGGAGACCUGUGACAAAGGAGUGUUCAGAUUACAUUCCUCCUCUGUCCCAGGCCCAGUUUUCUCCAAGGACAACAGCAAACCAGAGGUGCCAGUCAGAAGUACAGCAGCCUUCUGUCAUCUCCCAUCUGCCAGUGGGUGCAAACAGACCUCUGCUAAGCGCAAAGUAGAGGAAAUGGAAGUGGAUGACUUCUAUGAUGGAAUCAAACGGCUCUAUAACGAAGAUAAUGCUUCAGAAAACGUGGGUUCUGUGUGUGGCACUGAUUUGUCAAGGCAGGAGGGGCAGGCUUCCCCAUGUCCACCUUUGCAGCCUGUUUCUGUCAUGUAGUUCAGGAGUUACUACUUUGUGAAUGGGAACAUGGAAAACCAGGGAAGGCUGGAUAAAGGUUUACCUUAUCGGGCUGAUUUGAAGUGAGCCAGAAAAAAAAAGAAUCAUUUACUUGUGUGGCUAAUUAUAAUUCAAUGUUAUUUAAGCACUUAAAGACCAAAAGAGUGUAAAAUUCAAAAGAUCCAACCAUUUUUUUGAAGUAAAAAAUUUCUUUGUAUAUUUUUCAGUUCCAACCUUCCCUGCUAAAAUGUAAUGUCGAUUGCCUUGUCAAUAAUUCAUUCAGUGCUUUUUUUUAAAAGCUCUAAAAUUCUUAGCUAGCAAACCUAUCCCCAGUGUCCUGACUUAAUUUUCCUCUUGCUUUCGCUUGCUUCUUCAUUAAAUACUUAAAUGAAUUUUAUGCAUGUUGAUCUUAUAGCCUGACUUCCACAGAUUAGGAAACCAUCAAAAUUAUUUUUUAGCAAUUUAGUGAACAAAUUAUUCCAGUUUAACAGCCAUGUUUUAAUCCAUGAUUCAAAUUCAGAUUAAUCUGAAAGGAUACUUUAAAAUUGCCCCAUAUGAAUUAGAGGUGGUAAUAUAAAAAGGACUCACAUUACCAUGUUGAUUUCUGUGUUUGUCUUAUUUCAAUAUCUAGUGUUUGGAAAUGAAAUUUUUAUUUAUCUUAAGCUUAAAAGUGGCAUGUAAUUAGGACACUCAGAUUUGUUGAAAGCAUUUUUGACAUUUAUACUAAAAUUUGUGAUCAAGUUAAUGUAUCCAGGUGCUCACCAAAGAAACAUGUAACAACUAAAAUUUGAUUUAUUUUUUGGGUAACUGAUCGGCUCCUUUUCACAGUAUAAUCAGUAGGAGAGACUGUCGAGAUAUUAGGGCAACUCUAUGAUCUGGGUCUGUAACAUGUAAUAACUGAAUUCAGUGCCCUAGUUUUAUGUUAAGCUAUUAGGAUUUUCUUGAUAAAAGUUAUUCCCUCUGCCUCCCAAGCCUAUCUGUAUUUCUCUUAAUGCCUUCUGGAUCCUGAGCUCCCUGUGCAGUCUGAAUAAGGUAUUGCAAUCAGAACCAACCAUGUGCUGAUGAUAAAAGCCUCUGGUAGCAAUAAAUGUUGUCCUUAA